AUGGUGAAGGUGGAGAGCAAGGUCAACCCCGGUCGCCAGCGGUUCCUCACCAAGUGUAUCGAGCCCAAGGGCACCGGCAAGUGCGUCGUGUACUGGAUGAGCAGGGACCAGCGGGCGGACGACAACUGGGCGCUGCUGCGGGCGGCGGAGCUCGCGCGCGAGGGCCGCGUGGCCCUGCGGGUCGUCUUCAACCUGGUCCCGAAGUUCCUGGAGGCCACGGCGCGCCAGUACGGAUUUAUGCUCACCGGGCUGCAGGAGACCGAGGAGGCCCUUCGAAAGAAGGGGAUCCCUUUCCACCUCACCACAGGUUGGCCAGUUGACACAGUGCCGGCGUUCAUUCGGAAGCAGACUGCAGCGGCAGUUGUAUGCGAUAUGAGUCCCUUACGCGUGCCAAUGGCAUGGUGCUUCGACGUCGCCAAGAAGUUGGAUGGAUUUGGUAUUCCUCUUAUCCAAGUUGACGCGCACAAUGUUGUGCCUGUGUGGGUUGCAUCCGACCACCAAGAGGUCGGCGCAAGGACACUCAGGAAGCCUAUACAAAGUCGUUUGCCGGAGUACCUCACCGAAUUUCCGCCCUUGAAAGCCCAGGAUGCGGCAACGCUCCGGAAGGCUGGCGGGCUUCCCGCGAAGGUGGCGUGGGCGGCAGUGGACAAGAAGCUCAAGAUCAACCGCGCCGUCAAGGAGGUGACGUGGCUGCAGCCGGGCGCGGCCGCGGCCGCGAGGCAGCUGGCCGCCUUCUGCAAGCCUGACGCCCUCGCCGGCUACGUGCACAGGAACGACCCCCUGCGGUGCUCGUCCUCUGGCCUGAGCCCCUGGACGCACUUCGGGCAGCUGGCGCCGCAGCGGGCCGCGCUGGCGGUGCAGGCCGCGGGCAAGGGAAAGGCGGCCGCGGCCAGCAAGGAGUUCCUGGAGGAGGCCAUCGUCCGCCGCGAGUUGUCCGACAACCUGUGUUUCUACAACCCGAGGUACGACCAGAUCGAGGGCGCGGCGGGGUGGGCGCAGGCCUCGCUGCAGAAACACGCGAAGGACAAGCGGGAGUACCUGUACACCGAGUCUCAGCUGGAGCAGGCGAAGACGCACGACCCGCUCUGGAACGCCGCUCAGAACGAGCUGAGGGGAGCCGGCAAGAUGGCGGGGUUCAUGCGGAUGUACUGGGGCAAGAAGAUCCUGGAGUGGACCAAGACCCCGCGGGAGGCGCUUCGCAUUUGCAUCAAGCUCAACGACAAGGCCCGGGGGACUCACUGGACGGGCGUGACCCAAACGGCUACACCGGCGCCGCGUGGUGCGUCAUGGGCAUCCACGACAUGGGAUGGACGGAGCGGAAGGUGUUCGGCAAGAUACGGUACAUGA